AUGAGUAGCCUAUUGACAGCCACCCGUCGGCUCAACCAAGCUAAGAACAUGAUGUUUGGUCGACUGAACCUCCUCACUCCAACUCGAGUCAAAGCAGCAGCAGCCGAAAUCAAAACAGGUGAAACAGCACCUCUCGACCUUCCUUCCAACGUUCCAGCUCAGCCCGCUUUCGGACGGCAGGUCUUCAAGCAUGAAAUUACACCCAUCGCUGAGGAACAUGCAUACGAUGACAUCUAUCAUAUGAACACCCAGUCCGGCACGCAAUGGGACGGGUUCCGCCACGUCGCCCAUCAAGCCACCAAUACUUUUUACAACAAUACCAAAGCUGCGGACUUCAGAUCCCAUCUUGGCGGUGAUGAGAAGUCGCAUAAGUGCAGUGUCCAUCUUUGGCGCGAGCACGGUCUCACUGGUCGUGGUGUACUCCUUGACUACAAGGCUUGGGCUGAGAGUCAAGGGAUCAACUACGACACCGCGACGCCUCACGAAAUCACCUAUGAAAAUCUCGUGCUUGUUGGAAAGUCUCAAAACCUCGACAUCCGUCCUGCUUCACAAGGUGGAGAUAUACAGCCUGGUGAUCUAUUGUUCAUCCGCAGCGGGUGGGUCAAGGACUACUAUUCUCGCACUGAUGCAGAGAAUGUCGAGCUUGCGAAACGAGAACACGGCGCGUGGGCAGGCGUCAAGCGACAGCCCGAGAUGAUUGACUGGCUACACGACUGUUACUUCUCAGCUGUUGGGGGUGACGCCCCUGCUUUCGAGUGCUGGCCACCUGCGCCUAUUAUGCUGCACGAGUACCUGCUGGCGCUGUGGGGCGUACCUAUUGGCGAGAUGGUGGAUCUUGAGAAGGUUAGCGAAUUAGCGAAGAAGAACAAGAGGUGGACUUUCUUUGUUACGAGCGCUCCGUUCAGGACGAUUGGUGGCGUGGCGAGUUGGUUGAAUGCUACUGCUAUAUUCUGA